AGUCGGAUGUAGACGGCAUCCACUUCGGCAUCUGGGGGGUGAGACAUUUUGUAUUAUCUCCUAUGCAAGGCAUUGAAACGACGUGGAUGGGGCGCCUGUUCUGUUGCAUUGCAGCUGUUUGUUCAAGUAGAUACCCAAUUCAUCACGGAGGAUCAGGGUUGUAACUCCGAGAGUAUCAAGUUUCUGGAUAAAUUGCUUGCCCGCGUGGGGAAGGAUGAGGCAGCGGCGGGAUGCUGCCUCAGGCUUCCUCAGGCACCCGACACUUCCCGCUGCACCCCUCCACGUGAUCCUCCACCACAACACCACCAUAUCGCAUCGUCACUCCCUCCGCCUACCCCCCAAAGUCUAAAGCAUCAUGGUCCUCGAACUACACGUCUGGGGCCCGGCCUUUUCCCUGCCGUCAAUUGACCCGCAAUGUCUCGCUGCCAUCGCCUACUUCUCCCUAGCCGUCCCCAAGGACGCCUGGGUGCUGGUCGCCAGCAGUGAUCCUUCCGUCUCGCCGACUAAUGAAUUACCCGCGCUGAAGAACGGCCCGACUUGGGUCAGCCAAUUCCGCAAUAUUGUGGACUACCUCCGGCAGUACUCGGACGGCGCAUGGGACCUGGACUCAAACCUGAACGCGCUGGAGACGGCCGAUAACACGGCAUUCUCCUCGUUUCUUGAAUCCCGCGCCCAACCCCUCAUCGACCUCUCCCUCUACGUAUCCAGUCAGAACUACUGGCAGUGCACCUCCCCCGCCUACGGCGAUCUUCUCCAAUGGCCCAACCAGUGGCUGCUCCCCCCACGCAUCCACUCCGCCGCAAAGGCCCGCACCGCCCACCUGGGCCUCUCCGCUCUGGACCUGGACGCCAUGGAGGAUCAGCGCAAACGUGACCACUCGGCCGCCGUCGCGGCGGGGAAGAUCCCCGCAAACUUUAUCCAGCGUCCGCGUGAUACCGUCUCGAAGCUGCUGGGCCGCACGUCGCACCAGAGCCAGUUCCGGCUCGAGGCGCUAACAGGCGAGCUGUUUGAGCCCCUGGAGGCCAUGCUGGGUGGGAAGGACUACCUCUUGACAGGUGACCGGCCCACCAGCUUGGAUUGCUUGGCCACGGGAUACCUGGCGCUGGCGCUGGUGCCGGAGCUAACAUUCCCCUGGCUGCGCGACGCCAUGAAGAGCAAGGCCCAUGGCCUGACAGCGUAUACCCAGCGCAUGCGCCACAAGUGCUACGGUACGGCGGCGGUCAAGGUCGCCGACGCGUACCCGUCUCUGUCGCCGUCGCCGUCGCCGUCGCACCUACCGUGGCAGACUCCCGAGCGCGCCCGUUUAGCAACCGUGGGCUACACCCUUCUCAACUCUCUCGCCGACAACACCCCCAUCCUGAGCUCCAUCCGCGCGCAGAACCGGCUGCGCCAGGCCGUCGAGUCGUCCAAGGCCGACCUGUCUGACGUGGAGCGCGAAGCUUUAUCCAAGCAUGCUACGGGAAUGAAGAAGGACGUGCUAGUAUCGGUGGCGGCUGCCGUCGGUGGCGUGGCAGCGCUACUCGGAUACAUGGUGCAGACGGGGUUCUUCUCGUCCGAGGGCGAGGAGGAGUACAUGGAAGAAGAAGAGUAUGAGGAGGAACCGCUUGAGAUUGAGGUGGGGGAGGCGCCGGACGCGUUUGGGGUGAUGGGAUUGUAAAAGAUGGAUUUGGAUGUAUAACAUGUACUCUGUAUGCCUAUUGUUGUUUUUGAAGCCGGGUAUGGGGGUUAUGGGUUAUUGCGGGGCGAUACACUCCUAGUCUUGUUGAUGUCGAAGCCUCUAGGCUGUUGAUCUGUAUUCACUGCACGUGGUUUGCGUAGUAC